AUGUUGGAGGAAGAAGAAGCCAUGAUGAAACCAACACCUCAAUGUCGGUUAAAACAACACCACUUGCAAAAACUCCAGUGUGGAGACAUCUCCAUCCCCUUUUUUGGGCUGUGGAGAAGAGGAAGGAGCCGAGUGGAAGGUUUGAUCUUUGGGAUUUAUCUGGUGAAAGACAAGCAAAAUCCAACUCUUGACGACGUGUUGGGACCAGGGAGUAACAUGGUAGCUGCUGGCAAUUGCAUGUACGGGAGCUCUUGCACGCUGGUGAUUAGUACUGGACAUGGAGUGAACGGCUUCACGCUUGAUCCGUCUCUUGGGGAGUUUAUAUUAACUCACUCCAAUAUUAAGAUUCCACAGAAGGGAAAAAUCUACUCUGUAAACGAAGGAAACGCUCAAACCUGGGAUGACCAAACUGCCAAAUAUGUGGAAAAAUGCAAGUUCCCAAAAGAUGGUUCAUCUCCAAAGUCUCUUAGAUACUUUGGAAGGUAUAAUUCAGUAAUGAAUGUUUUGUUUGCACACCAUUUUCUCUCUGUUCCUGCCUUUUGCUCCGGUACUGCAAUGCAUCUAUUAUCUACUUUUACCCUACUAAUUGGGGCAAUAAACUUACCUGCCAUAGCUCUCAUCAUUACGUGA